AGGCUGACGCCCCUCCUUGUUUCCUUUCUUUUCAGCUUUUUUUUUUUUUCUUUCUUUAAAUCAAACGGGACUCCACAAGGCCUGCCUUUUUAUUGGACCACUGAAGUGUGAAAUUGUCUAAAUUACAGGAGUCUGUCACCACACCCAGACCGCAAAGACUGAGCCCAUUGGUUUCAGGUUUGUCUGUGCCAGGAAGACAACUAAAUCGGAAUCGUCUCCAGUCCCGUCUGGCUCAUUUACCUGCGCGCCCACCGAGCCUCCUGUCAGCCACCUGAGACCUGAGAUGAAUCCGAGCGGCAGACCCUCGGCGCUCCUCUCGCUUAUCGGUGUCAUGCUGCUCUGGCCGUAUGUACUCACCAAGAGCGUCUCAUCCAGUGCCUCCCUGUCUGCAGGAAAGGGAGAAGAGCGCCAUCAUGUGGUGAAACGUACAACACAGAACUGCGACAGUACGUUUGACAAGUACUGCCUGAACAAUGGGCAGUGCAUGCUGAUAGUGGAGCUCAAGGAACACCACUGCAAGUGUGAGAGGGGCUUCUAUGGCCCCAGGUGUGGCAACCUGGAGCUCGUCGUUCAGCCAAUGGGAGAAGAGCAGAUAAUUGUCACCAUUUUCUGUGUGAUCCUGCUGAUUAUAGGUCUGUCUGGAGCUCUGUACUUCUGCUGCAAAUGGUGUAAGAAAAACAGAUUCCCUCGUCAGCAGAAGCAGCAGGGUUGCAAAGGAGUCCAGAGGGUUUAGAGUGGCACACGCCGCGUCCGCCGCUGGAAACGUCAAACCAACAUGUCCCAGUUUUCUAAACGAAAAUUUCAACAUAACCUGAUGAGCUUACACUUAGUGGCUGGCUUAUUGGACUGUUACAACUUGCAGUACCGUACGUCACACGGCUUUGGAUCAUGUUAACAAGCAGAAAGACAAAAUGUUGAAAAAGAAACAUCUUUGGUGCCGUGCGAUUUGUCGUUUCAGCACCUGCUACCCUCAUAUUUGACUGGACAGAUGAUGAGACACACAGAAAGAGUUUCUAUGUGUGACACAACCCGCAGUGAUGGUGGGUCAUGGAAAAUUCAUGGAGAAAUUUGAAAGUCUCAGUAAAUAUUAUGGGUAAGAGAGCACCGACAUGACUUUUUCCAACCCCCUAUAGUGAUCCAAGCUUUCAGAAAUUUGGGAUUAUGCAAACCCAAUCAUGUGCCUUUUAAGCUUGUAAGGCAACAAGCCACAGCUUAGCACCAGAUUUUACUGAAUUUGGCUGACGGUUACAGCCAUAAUAAUGAUCAUUACCGUUAAGCAAUUAUGCUAGUGUCUUCAUGUUCAGGUUCACAUCUCGUCUCGUCUUUUAAAUCAAAACAAAAAUAAUAAAAGCCUGCUGAGUUACGUCCAGCAGCACAGGUUUACACUGUUUUGUAGUUUUUUUAAUUUAAAUCUGACCUCUGCCUGCUUUGGCUUGUAUUUAUUGUUGCCCUUUGUAGCUACAUUGAAUUAAAUCUUAAAAACAACCAUUAUUGUCUUUAUUAGUGUCUGGCCACUAAGUGUAACAGUUCUGUGUUUUAUUAAAGUAUUCUCAUUUUGAUAAUUUAUUGUAAAAUAUUGACAAAUACACUGGAAACUUUUCUGUUUUAGAAGCUCUGUUACUGCUACAAAAACAAAUACAACUUGAAUUAUAUAUAUAUAUAUAUAUAUAUAUAUAUAUAUACUCCUGUAUGAUUUUCUUUUUCUGUGUCUUUGACUUUGGUCAUAUGACUGAUGGUCUGAAGUCUUCACAUUUCACAUGCUUCUCAAGACUUUUUACAGUUUUCACAACUUUCUUCCAUGUGAUCCACAGUUCUCACACUUUUUCUGAAAGAAAAUGUCUCUCCUUACCAACACAUAAAAAUCUCAGAUGUUCACCGAGUGCUGUCUUGAGAUUUUGCGAUGGCAGUAUUACUGAAGUUCUGCAUGUACUAGGAAAAUGUGUUUAAUGAGAAAUAAAUUAAAGCAAAUACUUUUCAAAUUUUCAA